AUGCCAAGAUGGCGAGUGUUAGGAAUGUUCGGUGCAGUGGAACCAGAAGGAACAUGUCAGCUUCCUGCUGCUAGCAAAGCCUUGUUUAUUGAGAAGGUAAGGCUUUCCAACCAAGCCUGCCAGAAUGGUCACUAUGCUAAAGCCGUUUCUUUAUACAGUGAUGCUCUUCAGCUUGAUCCAACAAAUCACAUCUUGUAUUCAAAUCGUUCUGCUGCUUAUGUAAAAAUGGGGCAGUUUGCCCAAGCACUGCAGGAUGCCACAAAAGCAAGGGAACUUAAUCCAAACUGGCCAAAGGCUUACUAUCGACAAGGUGUGGCCCUGCAGUGUUUGGGACGACAUGGUGAUGCUCUGGCUGUUUUUAGUUCUGGAUUAGCACAAGACCCAAAAUCUUCUCAACUUCUCUCUGGCUUAUUGGAAGCAUCAUUAAAAUCCCCCUUAAGAGAUGCUUUAGAACCAACCUUUAAACAGCUUCAAGCUAUGAGGUUGGACACUUGUGCAUUUGUUAUUAUAUCAGUGGUUGGACAAGAAUUGCUUGGUGCUGGACAAUAUUCUCCUGCAGUUGUAGCAAUCAGUUAUAUGCAGCAGGAUCUUACCGUUGCUAAGUCAUUGGGUGACACAAAUGGAGAAUGUAGAGCUCAUGGUAAUCUAGGUUCUGCCUAUUUUAGUAAAGGUAGCUACAGAGAAGCUCUUACCUCACAUCGUUACCAACUUGUUCUUGCCAUGAAGUGUAAAGAUACGCAAGCUGCUGCUUCUGCUCUUACUAGUUUAGGCCAUGUGUAUACAGCUAUAGGUGAUUACCCUAAUGCCUUGGCUUCUCAUAAACAGUGUGUUCAGCUUGUAAAGCAAAUGGGUGAUAGUCUGCAAGAAGCAAGAGAGAUUGGUAAUGUUGGUGCAGUUUAUUUGGCCAUGGGUGAAUUUGAAAGUGCUGUAGAAGAGGCACGUGCAUACAGCAAUCUUGGUUCUUCCCACCAUUAUAGGAGAAAUUUCGCCCAAGCUAUCAUUUACCAUGAAAAUGUUUUGAAGAUAGCUCAAGAGUUAGGAGAUAAGGCUGUUGAAGCUAGAGCUUUUGCUGGUUUAGGCCAUGCUGCUCGAUGCGCAGGAGAUUACAUUCAGGCUAAAAAGUGGCAUGAAAAACAGUUGGAAAUGGCUCUAAGUAUGAAAGAUAGAGUUGGAGAAGGUAGAGCAUGUUCAAAUCUGGGAAUUGUAUACCAGUUACUUGGCGAACAUGACGCAGCUCUGAAAUUACACCAGGCACAUCUGAAUAUUGCUAGAGCUCUUAAUGAUAAAGCUGGUAUGGGUCGUGCUUAUGGGAAUAUUGGUAAUGCCCAUAGUGCCAUGGCUUAUUAUGAACAGGCUAUCAAGUAUCAUAAGCAAGAACUAAUGAUAUCCAAAGAAGUAAAAGACCGAAGUUCAGAGGCUUCAACACAUGGAAAUCUAGCAGUCGCAUAUCAGGCUUUAGGUGCACAUGAAAUGGCUUUGUUUCACUAUCGAGCUCAUUUAAAUAUUGCUCGAGAAUUGAAAGAUACGGCAGGGGAGGCAUGUGCCCUGUUAAAUUUGGGCAAUUGUCACAGUUCUCGUGCUGAAUUCGCUCAAGCUGUUCCUUAUUAUGAAAACUACCUUAUGCUAUCUCAGGAACUUCAUGAUGUGGAAGGAGAAGCGAAAGCAUGCCAUUUCUUAGGCUAUGCUCAUUAUUGUUUAAAUAAUUACCGUGAAGCUGUAAGAUAUUAUGACCAAGACCUGGCAUUAGCUAAAGAUCUUCAAGAUAAAAUGACAAUGGGCAGAGCUUAUUGCAAUUUGGGAUUGGCACAUUUUGCUCUGGGGAAUUUAGAAACCGCUUUAGAUUGCCAAAAAUAUUUCCUAGCCAUUGCUCAUAUGACAAAAAAUCUUUCUGGAAAAUUUCGAGCUAUGGGAAAUAUUGGUGACGUUUUAAUGAAAAUGGGAGAUGUAGAAGAAGCCACUAAAAUGUAUCAAAGGCAACUUUCAUUUGCCCGGCAAAGUGGAGACCACGCAUUAGAGUCAGCUGCCUAUGGAAAUCUUGGAUUAGCCCAUCGAAUGCUUCGUCAUUUUGAUAAAGCUCUUGGAUUUCAUACUCAGGAGCUGUCAUUGAGGCAAGAAAUUAAUGAUAUGAAGGGUGAAUGUCGAGCUCAUGGUAACUUGGGUGCAGUGCAUAUGUCCUUAGGCAAUUAUACCAAUGCAAUCAAAUGUUAUGAAGAUCAACUAGAGAGAGCUAAAGAACUCAGGGAAAGUGUUAUAGAAGCUCAAGCUUUUGGAAACUUAGGAAUCGCUAGAGAAAUUAAGGAUCAUUUGUCUGAAGCUGAUGCCGUGAGUGGCAUAGGUCUUAUUUACCAGCAAACUGGAGAAUUCAGUAAAGCAUUAUGUUACUUCCAAUCUGAAUUAAAUAUAGCUGAUGAAAUAAAUCUUACUACGCUGCAGGCUCGAGCUUAUUCUCACCUUGGGACUAUUUAUGAAUCACUUGGUAAUCUUCAAGAAGCUAUCAAAUUCCAAGAUCUUAACUUAUCCCUUGCUGUUCAGUCAAAUGAUAAAUGUGCCAAAGCUGUUGCGUAUAGCUGUUUGGGUCGAAUGCAUCAUUCAUUAGGCAAUUCAAGCCAGGCUAUUACUUAUUUGAAAAAAGCAUUACACAUAGCUGAUGGUUUGGACUUGCGGCAUCGAUCAAAUUCUAUAAUUUGGAAUCCUAUCACCCAGAAUGAUACCUUUCAAGUCGAAAUAGAAAAGGCUUCUCAUUUACUUGACAGCAUUAAACGUGAAAAUAAGAAUUCUGAUUACAAAAUAUGCCAUUUUGAUCUUCAAACUGCAAAUUCUUUUGAACAACGUCAAAUAAAUGAAAAUACUUACAAGGAUAUAUCAACUAAAGGACGAAGCAAUGAAAAGGAAAUAAUAGAAUCUCAUAACAAAUCUGAUAGUAAUAUAGAUAAGCAGGAUUGCAUCAAAGACAUUUCAAAAUCCCAAUCUUCUAAAACUGGCAUCACAGAAGAAGUUUCCCUUUCCAAGAGUUUAAGUGUAGCAUCUACCAGCUCAGCUGAAAGCCUUCCAUCUUUAGAGACGGAAGUUGAACGAGCAGCUGUUAUUUUAAGGAACAACAGAGUACGAAGACCAGGUGGAGGAGGGGAAAGUGAUGCUGCUUUUACUCCCAGUCCUCCAGUUGCUGCUCAAGCAUCCACUGAACAGAUAUCUGGGUUUAAAGUUUCACAACAAACAAGGUUGAGAAACCUUUGCACAUCAAUGGCUGAAACAAAACUGGAACCUUCUACUCAGCAAAGAAGCCCUGAUUCCUCAAGUUCUGCUGGAUCAACUCCCGAUUGGGACAACAAUGGUCACACAACCAUUCUUCGACGUUUACCUCCUGUUCCACCUAUAUCUCGUAAACCCCCUCCUCCUCCUUUAUACAAUCAACUGACUGAAGAUUUUAACCUCCUUACUUCUCGACCUCAAGACUUAUUAUUAAAUAGAAUAAACUCUAAACAUAUUCCACGAAAUACUGUGGAAAAGCAUUCUGGUAAUAUUUAUGCUGAAUCACAUUCUUCAUCAAGAUUGCUAUAUUUCUCAGAGCAAGAACAAGUUUCUAAUUCCAAUGAAGCAAAUACUGUAUCAUCUGGCAUUCAAGACCAGAUAAGAGCAACACAGUUAACCAGAUUGAACAGAGAUUUAACUCCUACAAUAUCGGAAGUAUACCAUGAAAGAAACAUUGGUUUGGGACUGGCUCCUCCACUAACAAAGUUGCUUUUGCCUCAAGGUGAAAAAACUGAUUUAACAGAAUCACAUAAAGAAAAGCCAUGGUUUUCUACUGCAGAACUUCAAAGAUUCUAUCCAUCUGAAAUGGUUGAAGAAGGGAAAGGUAGAAAUACUUCACCAUGUAGUGAACUUUCUCGACGUGAUGAAGGUGAUGGACGUUCUAUAGCUGAUUCACAAUACAGCACUGGUAGUUAUAACAGAAAUCCAAGACCAUCGUCUAAAAAUGAUUUUGAUGAUAAUUUUACUAAGGAUGAAAAACAAGAUGAAAAAUUAGUUAACAAAGUUCAAAAGGCUAAUCAAGAUUUACGAAAUACUUCUCUUUGUUGAAUAAAUGUUAUCACUAGUUAUUUCAAAUUUCCUGUUAAUAUAUAUAUUUAUGAGAGAGAAUUCUUAUUAAAAUUAAAUUUUACUAAGGGAUUAAAUAUUGAUAAUUCUUUUUGAAUUCAAAUGUAUGUUUGAUGUCUGAAGAGUUCAUAAUUUUGCUAGUAGCAAUUUUGACACAUUGAUAAUCUGAUAUGUAAAACAGUAUUAUUAUUUGUAAGAAAUUUUAUUUCUUUGUAAGAAUCAUAUUUGUUCUUAGGCGUACUAUUUUGUUGCUUAAAUAUGUUUGUGUGUAUGCUUGCGUGUGUGUUUGAGUUUGAACAUAUGUACACUUUCUUGUUAAUGGAAUUAGUUUCUUAAUCAGUUAAUGGCCAAAAAUAGAAUUGAUAAAAACAAACUAAAAAAACUAUUUAUUUCAAUUUAAAGAACUUGUUAACACAGAUAUUUUGGGUCAUUUCAAACAGUAAAAGAUGACUUAAAAUGAAAUAGUUUUUGGGGCUCAUCAUAUGCUAUAUUUUCAAGAUACUAAUUUUUCAUUUUAUAUUCAGUUUGGUUAUUUGGGGCUCUCUUGUUUAGUAAACAAAAUUUUCAUACCUUCUUUGAUAUAAGGAAGCAAUAUACCAAGAAAUAAAUGUAUAUCUUUGUUUAUAAUUAUGAUAAUGUGGUUGAUAGUUUUAAAAUUAAAUGAUACCUUCAGCCAGAGAAAAAUAUGUGAAAUUAGAGAUUUUUUCCCCCAUGACCUUGGAAGAAAUGGACACAGUUUAUGAAUUUAGCAAUUUUAACCUCAAAAUAUGUUUUAAGGAAUCACAGUAUUGUCUAAAGUAAAAAUGGUCAACAAAUAUUUCAUCCUCUUCCCCAAUUUUUGAUGAGGAUACCAAAAUGAUGCUUACAUUUGAGGCAUGUACCACCCUCACUAAAAUAUUUAAAAUAAACCUAUGCAACCCAAGUAUAUUUUUUUUAAGUCUUUCCCUUCCUCAUCUUUAAUUUCAUGAAAAAUAAAUUACAUGAAUUUCAAAACUUAAUUCAACCAUUUCAUAAAUUUAAUAUUAGUUCCUCAAACCUUUUAUUUGAAUUAUUGAUUGAAAACUGAUUUUUUUAAAAGUUAGUUUAGUAAGGUAAAAACGAUCAUACAUUAUAUCAAACAAUUAUGAAAAUCUGAGUAAAUAAGACAAAUUUCCAUUUGUUUAAAAAAGAUAAUUUUUUUUUAAAUAUAUAAGAUGGCCUGCCUGGCAGCAUAAUAAAGAAUAAUAUGAUUUUAAAAUUAAGAAGAAAAAAACAACAAACUUUUAUAUAGUGGAGCAUUCUCACAAUGAUGGCUAUUAAUGGAUUAAGUGCUUUUUUACAUAUUGUAUGAUAAUACUUUGUAUAGUUUUACUUAUUAUAAUAAUAUUAGGCCAAACAAAUAUAUUUAUUAAGUAUGUGUAUACAUAUUUCUUUUUAUAUAAUAUAUAAAAAGAACUAUAUAUUAUAUAAAUUAUAUAUUAUAUAAAUAAAGUGGUACUUCUUACUUUAAAUAUUUGACUUUUAUUUUUUUAUUCUUUACAUAUAAUAUCAGCAGAAAGGGCUCAUUAUUCUACAAGUAUCAACCUAGUCUAAUUAGACUGAAAAUCUCAAGAUUCUAUUAGUAAGUCUGUGUAAAAUAUUAGACUUCAGUAUUCACUUUAUUAUACAGAUAUCAUGUUAACUUACAGACAUGGAGUCACCAAUUAAUGAAACAUUUUUGGUAAUACUAGAUUGGAAAAUAUUAGACCCAUGUUAAUGUUUUCUCGCCAAUGCACCUGUGUAAGCCGUAUGAGCCGAGACAAUUUUUUUAAAAUAUAAUUUCAUACAAAAUUUAUUUUUUCGUUUGCUUUGCCUGGAUUUUUAGGUUGUUAC